AGGCGCCACUGAGCACCCGGACUGGUUUCCGGGGGACGUGGGCCAGUACACCGCCUGGGACUUCCAGUCGCUGCUGCACCAGCUCGGCGUGGCCCAGUGCACGCUGCCCUGCGCCCCGGAGCACGCCGACGUCGAGCGGCAGCAGCACGCGCUGGGGCUCCUGCAGAUGGGCGAGGCCCAGGCGCACGGCUUCGGCGCCGCCGAGCUCGAGGAGCUGCUGGCGAGCACGGGGGCGUCCGACGGCCCGGCCACCGCCGCGGGCGCGUCCGACUGCGAGGACGCGGCGGAGGGCAGCCUUUGCCAUCACUCCGUGGCGUGGCUGCUCGAGGGUGGGUUCGCGAAGCACCCCGAGUGGUACCCAGGAUUAUCCCGACACGCCCUUCCAGGACGUCCAGAUGAUGCUCCACUCCCUCGGGAAGGGGGGCUGCAGGAAGCCGUGCCAGAAGGCACUCAUCGUGCCCGACGGCCAGUAUACCAGGCGCGGAGCAGUCGCGCAACCUCCGCACAACGUCUGUGGCGAUGCGGCCCCAGGUGGCCGGUGCUCGAACUCCAUGAAGUGGCUGAGGAAUUUCGGCUUCGAUCGGCACCCCGACUGGUACCCGAGCCUCGGGCCUGGGUCCACCGACAGGGAGAUGCAGGCCGUCUUGCACCAGCAGGGCAAGGCCCAGUGCCCCAAGCCGUGCUCGGAGCGCGGCGCCGGCGACGCGCUCGAGGAGCCCGCCGCGGCGGCGGAGCCGGCGGCGGAGCCCGAGCGCCAGAGGGCGGCGAAGCUCGCCUGCAGCAGCGCCGAGGAGGGCUCGGCUUGUUUCGACGAGGUGGUGGCCCAGAUGGCGGGGGUCAGGGAUCACCCAGAGCGGUACCCGGGCAUCACGAACACCUCCAGCUUCGAGGAGGUGCAGGAAAGCCUCUUCGACCGCAUGCUGGCGGGCUGCACCAGGCCAUGCCCCGCAGUGCACUCGGCACGGGUGCUGGCCGACGGCGGCUCUAGGAUGAAGAAGCCAUAUGGGGACAUGACGAUGGGGGAGCUGAAGGCCUACAUGGACGGCGAGUGGGACGGCAUGAUCGACGCCGCGGCCUGGAACGCCACGUCGACCACGGCGGCGGUGCACACCGCAGAGGCCGCCGCCCUGCCCGUGGAGGACGGCCUGGAGGCGCACGCGGAGCCCGCCGAGGCCUCGGCCGGCGAGCGCGCCGCGGCGACCACGGCGGCCGAGGGCGCACCCUCGCCAGAGGUGGACCUGGAGCCUCCCGUGAACGAGUCCGCCGCGGAGCUGGU